AUGGUGCCUCGUGAUCAAGUAUUCAAUGUUGGUUCUCUUAUAUCCAAGCGCUGUUUAAGAGCUGGCAAUCAACUAUGGUCAAUUCUCAAGGUUUACAGCUACUGCUCAAUGAAUGAACAAGCAUUACAUUUCACCACUGCUGAUGUAUCUAAGUUCAAAGCAAAAAAUACAAUGGGUUUCCGCAUACCAGGUAUUAUUAGACAACCAUCAUUUUCUGCUGUCAAAGAAAACAAGGGACUUGAAGUUCCAAAAGGCCAUCUUGCAGUGUAUGUUGGAGAUAAGAUGAGGCGGUUUGUGAUUCCAGUAUCUUUGUUAAAUCAACCCUCUUUUCAAGAAUUGCUAAGUCGAGCAGAAGAAGAGUUUGGAUAUGAUCAUCCAGCUGGUGGUCUUACAAUUCCAUGCAAGGAGGAUGAGUUUCUACAUCAUGUUAUAAUGGUGCUCGGAUAG